CCGGGCGGCGUCACACGGGCACGCUCCCGCCUGCCCCCCUCCCAGAGGAGGGGAAGGAGGAGGAGGAGAGGAGGAUGGUAUUAAAGGGAGGACAGUUCCGGGGCUGUUAGUGGCAGCGGACAUGGCUGAGAAGAGCAGCGAGCUGAACGGCCCCGCGGGCUCGGUGUGCAGGCGGUGCGCGGCCUCGGGGGACAAAGGGGUGGGCUCCAAGUGGGUCCGGCUCAAUGUGGGGGGGACCUGCUUCCUGACCACCAGGCAAACUCUGUGCAGGGACCCCAAAUCCUUCCUGUAUCGGCUGUGCCAGGCAGACCCAGACCUGGACUCAGACAAGGUAUAUGGACAGGGGAUGGGGGGGCUGCACCUUUAUAUCAGGGGUGGGGGUAUCCUACUGAAUUAAUACCCACCCAGGGCUGUUCUCAUCUAUGGUAUUAAAGCCUAUGAGCUAUUCUAAUCGCCAGGCUGGGGGGCUACACCUUUAAAUAAAGGGGUCUCCUUCUGAAUUAAUGUUCACCCAGGUCUAUCCUCAUUUAUGGUGUUGAAGCUCCAUGGGCUAUUAUAUUCCCUAGGUUGGAUAAGUGAGAUGGGAGUUGACAGCUGUAAUUCUUUCUGGUGGGGAGAGAGAGAGAGAGAGUGUGUGUGUGUGUGUGUGUGUGUAUAUAUAUAUAUAUAUAUAUAUAUAUAUAUAUAUAUAUAUUUUCUACCUCUCUGUAUGUGUGUAUAUUUAAAAAAAUAAAUAAAAUCAAAAUGUGCUGAGGUGAAGAUUAGGUAGGACUUCUCUUGCUCUCCUAGGUUAUUUUAUAUAUUUCCUACUUCUCUACCCAAGUUGACAUAGGUUGGUACAGCUAGUAAGACUUGGUGGGGAAGUUGGCUACUUUGGCAGAUUUUGAUCCGUUAUUGCUGCAUGGUCCCGGAAGGGGUCCUAAGAUCCCUAGACAAAAUUAUUCAUGAUGAGAAGCACAAAAGGUGGUAGGAGUCAAAUUAGACUGUCUACGAAUAACAGGAAAUAUUCAAAUUGGUAGAUGUACCAAGGUGUGACCCUCACUUUAUUUUAUACAGAGCUGUAAAUGCUUAGUGUGUGAUAUGAACGAUAAAUAAUGUAGGGAAAAUCUGCUUUGGGACCAGAGAUUCCAGUACUCCAUUUCCAGAGCUUUAAACAGUGUGGUGGAAAUUGAUAGCUGAGGGCUAAUGGCUACCUGUCCCUGGAGGGGUUCUGUGAAUAAUGGAAAGUAGAUGUAUGGUAGAGUAGACAUCUGACUAAUGGGCUGAAACUAGUUACUUUCGAGGGAUUGGUUGAUCUUAAGAAUCUAAGAUAAUCGGAAGACAAGGAUGUAAAUGGAGUGCAAUGUUACUUCUCGGUAGAGGAUAUCAAAAUGGUUUUGACAUUAAGGAGGUUUGGGGAUGGAGUUGGUAACAGAGCUAUUAGAGGCUCAGACGGCUGACCAAUGUCUGUAAAUUGAAGCACGCGGAGUGUAAUUGAUUUAAAGUACAAAUUAGAUGAGUCCACAGGUGUAUGAUCUAAAGAUUUAACAUUAUUUUAUAUUUAAUCAAUUUAUUAAAUAUUCCCAAUAGGCUUUUUGUGUACAUACAUUGUUGGUAACUGCUAUGCUCUUAAAUGUUUGUUGAAAAAUUCAUUUUCUAAGAUGGUGAGUAAACUGGUACCUGGAAGAAUUAGUGGGCAGGGAUAAGAACAGGCCUGUGUGACAGAUUAUGCAGGAUUACGUAGGUGGUGAUUAUGUACAAUCACCACUUACACUAACUGCUGAUGUGUGCGUGUUAGAAGAUUUAACUAGGGUAGGUCAGCAUUUUCCAGAGUUCUCUAUUAGUUUUAUGAAACUAAGAUAGAUGGAUCAAUAGUUUGUUUUUGAUUUACUUUAUUUUUUUAGCUUUCUAUUGCUGGCCAUAAAUAGAAAUCUUUGUAUGUAUGUUGUAUUUUUAUUUAAUAUUAAGCCAUUGGGACAUUUCAUUUUGAUUAAAGAUCUUUUAAAAGCGUGUUUCUGACUCAAAGAAAUGUGGAAUCUUUGUAUUCUAUGUCUUAAUUUGAUGUUUUGUACUGUAACCUUUUAGUUUAUCAGCUGCGCAUUUCGCACUUUUGCACCAAUAUUUUGUGGAUUUUGAGAAUUGGUAAUGGUAAAAUAGCGCUAGCUGCUAUGCAUUGUUAGACAUUGUUCCUAGCGUGCCCUUGCUUGGUUUAUGUUUUUGAGCAGUAAGUAGCAAAGUGUGGGGUAGUGAGAAUGAACAUGUGUAUUUAAUUUGGAAGCACACUUGCUGGGCUCAAGAAAAAGGCACUUGUGCAUAUUACUGUUUUUAAUACUGAGAACAUUGAGUGAAGGGAAUCCAUAAUUUUUCCAAGGAUUCUGUCAUUUUGUGACAUGUCAGCAAUAGAAUUUUUAGUUACUUUUGAUGCAUAUUCGAUGACUUAUGCUAAAUAGUGCGUGUCAUGCAGAAAACAUAGGUAAACUUUACUCAAUUCUUGUGACUGACUCUAAAUUUGGUCGUUGGAUAGAUGCAGGCUGAUGAAGAAAGAUUGAGAAUUUAGUCUGCAGGCUUGCAAUCUAGAAAGUGUUCACCUGACUGAUGGUUCCAGCCUGUCUCCAAAAAAUAUAAUGUAAAUGGAUCUUGCUCUGUUCGGUGUCACUUAGUAUCCCUGAUGUGUUCAAGAAUGCUUUUCAAAUGGAUUUAUUUUUUAAGUAAAUUACUACCAGUGAAAUGUCAGGUUUUUCUCCCUCGCUAGGGGGAAAUCACAAUCAGUUGCUAACUUUUUAGUUUACGGUUUUGAUUGGGCUAAAUCAAGAAAUAGACAGUUCCUUUUAGGUACAGAUCAAAUGUGUCGGUGGUGAUGCAAAGACUAACUGAAGGUCCAUGCAUCAACCCGUUUCCUUUGUGAUGGUGGCCAAUAGAUUUUAUUUUUCGCUUUGAAAACUCGUCUUUGAUGUAGGGAAAUGAUUUGCAGAUUAACUCAGGACCUGAUAAUUUGAUCCUCGCAUAAAAUGCAUCACGCACAUUCUUGUGUGGAUGUAUGUCUGAAUAUGUUGAUUUUUCAAUCCUAUAGUAUCCAAGCCACACAGAAGUGGUUUUUGAAAUUUUUUUUUUUUUUUUAGCUCUUAGCUGCAUUAGCGCAAAUGAAUUAGUGGGCAUUAUUAAGCAGUCUUUGAUUGUAUGGUGAUCCCUAAAACCUGUGCUGACAUGUGCCAUUGAGACUAAGUUCGGAAGCAGGGAGGUAGCAUGCAGGGGCAGAGGGACACUAUAGUGUUAGGCAUGCAUGUUAGUAUUUCUAACACUAAAGUGUUUCUUUAGUAUUUUGAAAUUUGAUCUAUAUGGGGGGGGGGGGAGUGUUAUCAAGUUUCUCUGGAAAUAUUAAAUCCUUAGAAAAGUUUGGACAAAAGGUUGAUUUGCUAAAGCGCACAACCUUGUUAAUGUGGAUGAUUGUAUAUAUUGCAUUCUUUAGUCUUCUAAGCCUUUUUUGAGCUGUGGUGUAUGAGAUGGUGGGGGUAGACUUCUGAUAACAGUAAAGCUAAUUUUAAAUUUGUCCUCUUGUAUGUGAGUAGGGGAUUCAUGGCUAUUCUAUUUUCAACACCAUUGCUUCCAAUUUCCAGGUUUCUGACUGUUUUGACAGUUGCCAGUAGAGUAGUAGGGAUGUAACAAAUGUUUCCUGGCCGAAGACAGUGAAUGUAACAUCCUCACAGGCUUGCAUGUAUUUCUAUAGUCCCUGCAGGUGGGGAACUGUGUAUAUCAGAGCUCAAGAUUUUUCACUAGCCAUUGGUGAGUGUACCUUUUUUAUUGUUUUUAUUUUUUUAAAGCAUGUCUAGUAUUGUAGGACUUUAAAUUUUCUGAACACAAUUGUAGAUAAUGUGCCUGAUGUGAAAAAAGCAAACGUACACAUACAUCAAUUUUCCAAGUUUUACAUUUAGAAUGGAUAGAUUCUACAUUUGGCCUGCAACUUGACAAAAAAAAAUCUAAAUAUGGGGAGGAGGUGUCAUUGGCCGUCUGGGGGAGAGAGGUAAAAGGUAAAGCUGAACAAACUAUGUUCUAUUGAAUGUUUCUUAAUAUCUUGGACAUUACUGGCAUUUAGACAUUGCAUCAACAUUUGUCUUGGGCUGUUUGGCCCACAGUACCUGAAACCUUUGUGGUGGUAUUUCAUGUUGUGCAUGAACAGUCGUGCCCUAAGCGACCUUUUCAUAUUUCAGUGAGCACUUCUAACGAUACGGUGCAGUGUGCGCCUAAUGGGUCAAUCUAACAGUGGGAUCUAAACCAUUGUUUUCUGUUUCGACACGUGGCAGGUCUGAUGCUCCAGAUCUACUGACGUUAUAAUUUCGUGCACAGCUGUUAAAAGUUGAUAAUGGAGGCUUUUAAUGUCUCUGCUCUCUCCAGUACAUUGGAACAAUCCCAUAUGUUUUAAAGGGUGGCUACACUAUCAGGAUGCUCGCAGCACCAUCUACAACUAAAAGGAGCUUUGAUCUUGGGUAAAUGGAAACUGGCGUCUUAUAGUUUGUAUUUCGUUCUGCUGUGUUUACUCAGUGUAAAUAUGAAACUAGACCCGUUAGUAAAUGUGGAGUUUCUGGUCUUUUUCCAUACAAGUAAAUGAGACCAGCGAUGUAGUUAUGUAGCCCAGCAACUGUCAAAAUGUACGAGACAGACAAGUUGUGUAACUGUGGUGUUUUUCUUUCCUUUCUACUUCUUAUUGGCUUGACAUGUCUACGCACUAUAUAAACACUUAGACAAUGUGAAAAUUCUUUUUAAGCCGUGCUCUCAAUGUUUAUUCUUUUUAAAAUGUCGUGUGUGUUUUUUUGUUUUUUUUUUGACAUUUUUCUUUUAAUGGCAAGACAAUUAAUGAAAUUGAGUUUGCUAACCUUGUAAGUUUUUUUGCAGAUAAAUGGGUUUUCUUCCCCCUCCCUUAAUUGCCGGUCAGAUGAGGUGGAGAGGAUGUGAAGUCUUCAUGGUUGUGUUUUUUUUUGUUUUUUGUUUUUUUUGAUAAACAGAUUUAAUUGCAUUUUUGCUUCUCUUAUAGUAAAAAUAGGUAGAUCUAACCAAUUACAUGCUGUAUAUUAUAAGCAUGAAACUGCUGCACUUGGUAUUACUUGUGAAGACCAAGUCUGGAGAAAAGGUUUUAAUGUUAAAACCAUCACCAUUUAAGUUAAAAUAGUGUUUAUAAUUUAUUUUUAGUUUUAGCACUUUGCUAUCUGUAAACAUCCUCAGUUAGUCACAGUGGCCACUAUUAUGUGUGUUUUUUUUUGUUUUGUUUUUUUUAAACUUUGUUCAAUAUUGACCCAAUUCAAAGAGAUGUUUACUGGGAAAACACUACUUUUAGAUAUGUAAAUUUAAAGCCCUGUUUUGCAUUUCCUUCACCAGCGACUUAUUUGGAAUGUGCUGCUUUGAUUGAAACGUGUAUUUAUAGCACUAUUUUGUAUAAAGUCAAAUUUGCCUUUUCUGCAUGUUCUCGUCUGAACAGCCAAGUUUUUCUACAUCCAAGUUUACCAAUUCUAAUAUUGGGCAUAAUUUCACGCUGAAAUGGUGGGGUGGGGUGGGUAAAUAAACAUGGCUUUAUUUAUAGUGAAAAGUAAUGUAGGUUAAAUGGUUUCCUUGGCAACCGAUGGGGUAUUUGUGGUUGAUCACUUCAGAUCACAUUCUUGGGUGGAUCUGCUUAAAGGUGGAAAGAGCCUACAUCUUUGUAGACUGCCCCAAAAAGAUAAAAAUAUAUCUCACUGGCUUUAUAGACCUUGUACAACUACAUACAGUAGCAACAACUGAACUUGGUGGGUUUUUUUUUUUUUGUUUCCUUUCAACACCCAAAGGACAAACUGCAGUGGAGUGUUUCCUUUUAGCCACCACUCAAACCCCUAUAUGAAAAUGAAGGCCCUAAACUCACCCACCUCUCUAACCCAUUAAGGACUAAGCUUCUGGAAUAAAAGGGAAUCCUGUCAUGUGUCCUUAAGGGGUUAAAAUACAAAACAGUGUUUGCUUUGUUUUGGUUUGCAAAGCACCAACUGAUGAGACAAUGAGAAAAAGUCUCUCUUGAAAAUCUGACAGGCACACUAAAAGCAGGAAAAUUUCAAGUCUAACUUUUCCAUUACAAAUAAAGUAUACAGAUCCGUUUCCUAAUGUUUGUGAAAUACAUCAAUUUCCAGUACUGGUACAAAACAAAUACCUAGUAUAGUGAUUUGGGUAUCAUGCAGUGUUGUCUCUCACGAUGUGCCAUGUAUUGCUAGUUAACAUGUUGACCAUAAUUCCAUUAUGCAUCAUUUUAUUUUUAGCAUGUGCAAAGUUCUGUCUGUAGAAGCUGUGCUUCAAACGAAGUUGAUCGGUUUGCUUUAGCUUUUAUUCAGCUAAAUUCUUUAGCAUUUGACUAAAAUUCUUUGAUGAUUUGCUACAUUGGCAAUGGCCCAAUGCUUACCAAAAAGAUGCCUGAUAGUUAAUCAGCAACUGAGGCAAAACUCCUUGGUAUAGUAAAUGUGUAAUUUUUUGGGUUAAUAGCAGAUGUAUGAAAAGACCCCCUUGGUUUAUAUUUUGUUCUUGCUGUCUGGUAUAGUAAUACCCCACGUGUUUACCCUUGCCUAGUAAGGGGACAAUGUAUAGGAGAUCCUGGGCACUAGUGAAUCAUACAUAAAUGGCAAUAUCACCAUGAUUGCAGUAAUAUUGGACAUUUAUUGCCAUGACAUGUCUCCAAUCGGUCACAAACACAUGUUUUAUUGACAGCUUGUUAUACACUUAAUCAGUCCCCAUUGAUUACUCAAAGCGCCAUAUAUCAAGGACCCGGUGUAUGCUGUCCUUUCCCAACUAUGUUGCUGUUGGAAGUGUAACUUCUUAUGGCAGCCUUAAUCAGCUACCCCAGCACAAACGUUCUGUCUAAUGAUAAAUGGAUACUCUCAUCAUGUAACCACUAUAGUGAAUAUUGUGCAUCAGUCACAUAAUUUGACAUCCUACUUGGUGUCUGGACACUGAGCUCCUCCAUUGAGACCUGGAAACACUCUGCGCUAUCUUAACAGGGCUUUGGCUGAGAGCGACCAGUUUAGUUGGCUUUUUGAGCUGGUCCUGCUGAGCUUGGUAUAGCACUUGUUAAAUGGCUAGACUACUUGGGUUGGUGGGAAGACCAGGGCAUUUCUGGCACCAUGACAGUGUAGUUAUGAUACGUGGAGUGCUUCUUUUCUAAUUCUGUGCACAUGUGUUUAUUCACUGCUUAAGAACACUCAAUAAAUGGAAACAUCCACAUCAUGGGAUGCCUUUUAGCCAGCGUGUGCCUGGUGGACCCAGUUGGCAGCAUCUGUUGUAAAACCGUCACCCUCCCCUCCAUAACACUACAAUAACCCUGUAACGCAGGCAAAGGCUAUUAUAGGCCCAAGGAGAGACUAAUUGGUUUUGUCUAAUUUUUAUUUUUUUCCCUCCACUUGAACACUUGCCAGUGGUCACUAGUGACUUUUUUUGUGAGGGAAAAGGGCAUUCUCACUGUGGGUAAAUAUCUAAGUAAGCAUCUGCUGUCUUGGGGGAUCCUCCAUAAAAGAUUUGUGCUUAACCCUCACAUGUGUGAGACUUUUUAGUACAGAUGUGAGCUCCUGGCAGAUGAAGCACCAGGAACUUAAGAAGAUGGCAGUACCCACUUUGAACAGCAUCAUGCAGAUCUUUACAUGCACCGAACCACUGAGUCACUGCACACCAAGCGACUUUCACCAUCAGGGUCUCAACAAAAGACCACAGAAGUUGAAAGAGCCUCUUUAAACGAAAUUGUGCAGAUGACCUUUACUAACUGUGUAGUAUGAGAGUGGAAAACCUUAAUCUGCACGUUGAAAGAGUGUUUGUGGAAAUGGUGGGCUGUUAAACAACUACCUCUGUAGCAUAAAUCUGUCCUUGUAAUUUCCAGAUGUGGGUGGUAUACCAAGGCUGAAACUGAACACACAAUGGUAUUUUUCCAUUCUUUAUUUAUAUCUUUCUGUGUACAGAAUCACUGGCAGACCUGGUCACAUAGAGUAAUAUAUUGAAUUUAGAUUGCUUAGCUGUGCCUAGAAUGGGAAAACCUAAAUCGGGGGAUUCCUAGCUAACCACAAAAAAACAUUGUAUGGAGGGUUUUGCUGUUCUCUUGGAUGCCGUAUGAAAACUUGGCAUGUUCAAAAGUUAACAUCCUUGCAAAAGCCAGAGGACGAGUAUUCGCUUGGGCAGUUGUUUUAUGCUUCCCAUCAGAUUCACUGAACUGCCUGGUCCUGCUGGGUGGAAUGUUAUGGAAACUACUACACAUUCCUACUAAAAAAAAAUUUUUCAAAAUGGGACCACUAUGAAUGGUAGAUGAUGCAGGGGAGGGCGGUUGUGUGGUGGUUUAAAAAUAAAUAAAUAAAAUAUCUCUAUCUCCAUAAGAUCUAUCGGACAUGUACACACGCCAUGUGAAAUUCUAGGCUGUAUGAAAUUCCCUUCAGUGUGUGCUCUUGGUUAGUUUUGGGUUCCAUGAUGUAUUAAAUACUAAUAAAAAAUAAGUAUAUGCCCUACAUUAAGAAAUUAAAUGUAUCUUAAAAAUCAAACAUAGAUGUGCGUCAUGGCCAGAUGACUAGUAUUAUUGAUCCUAAAAAAAAAAAUUCAGCAACUUGCCGCAUGUGGGUGGAGUUUAAAAUAAGACUCCGAGUACCACACUUUGAUACAAGUUACUGUAGUUUGUGAACUGUAAUGAAAACAGUCUGGCACUUUAAGUGCUGAAUAUACUAGGUUUACAGUAAUCUUGUGCUCUGAUAACAUUUGAAGGCAGGAUGUUCGAUCUACAUGGGGUUUCCUGGCCUGUAACAUGAUGGCCCGGGUCCCCAGCUGCUAGAGACUGGAUGAUAUCACUCAUGUUUAUCAGGCUUCCAGUUGCAUAACACUAAUUAUUCUCAUUCAGUCACAAGUGUCAAACUUGCAAAGGGGAAAAACAAUACACGUCUUGGGAAUUCUUGAUUUGUUUAGAUGCCUUUUCUAGCAAGAUGUCAGAAGCAACUAAAUUAAAAUAAUUACUGUGAAGCAUCUGUUCCCUGAACGUGUGAGGAAGCUAAUGUUGCCUUCACUUUUUCAAUAAGCACAAGCAAAUUGAUUUCAAUAGAUUUUCAACAAUGUCUGAUCACUUGCACACAAAACAAGAAAUCCUCGUUGGAAACGCGUGGGUGUCUGUACUAUGAUUUGUAAAGUAGGAUAAUAAGAAAUCUCUACUGUUGGCUGUAUAAUGGUUAACAUUGCAGUUACACGGAAUGUCUAGUAAAAAAAUAAGUGGGGUGUUUUUUUUUUUUUUGUUUUUUUUUAUUUUUUUUUUUAGAUAUACGGUGUUACCUAAACUAUAGUGGCAUACAAGUCGCUUGUGGUUCUUUUUUGGCGGACUCGCAGGUCCUUUCACAUAAACAAUAAGACAGGCAUAGCUCUAUAGAUCCCAGUGUGUUUACCUUGUCUGGUUCUAGUGGUCUUAAUGGGAGUCUUUGUUGGUGUCUUGUGUGUUAAGGGUAGGUGUCGUUUACUGUAGGGGGGGGGAGAGAGGUGGUGUGAUCUCCCUUCUGAGGUCUGCCGACAGUGAUAACUGUAUUUAAUGGUCUGUGCCUUGUGAACCCUUAUCAUUGUCUGCCUGCCUCUUGCAUGUGGUAACCUUCUUUGCGGUCGCAGGGUUACCUAUCAGGUGUCCCUUUCCCUCCUUUCUCCCUAGCUCGUGUUUUAUGUUCCCUAUUUUCUAUGCUCGAGCCUGCCUAUCUGUGGUGUCUCUCAAAGCCGCUAUUAUAUACUACCAUACGGAGUCCUGAUUUCAUGCCAGGGGAAGGGCACCCUUUAAGCACAUAUGUCUACAUCUUGUGAGUGCAUUUUUGUACAUUGCACAUUAUUUGUUAAAAUUGUUGUACACUAUGUUUCUGUCUGUUCUUUUUAGAUUCCACAGCCAUAUCCCAUAUGUGUUUUGCUUGUAUUCUAGCUAUAGUUGAUUGUAUUCCUCCAAUUGAUAACUGUCCAGGUGCCAGAAGGACUUCCUUUAUUUGCACAUUAAAAUGGGGUUCUCACCAUCCCAGGAAUUUUAAUGGUGGCUUAUCUCUUUACCAGCAAAUACAUGUAUUUGUGUUGUGAAAAGUUAAAACUUGGAAUCUGUUUUUUUUUUUUUUAUUUUAUUUCCUCAUCCAACAAUUGGGCGCUUACAUCUUGGCUGCCUGUCAAUCAUUGUUGUAAGCCAUGUCCUUUGCACCUGGCAGUCUUUCUUUUAUUUGCAAUGCUUGCCCAAAUCCAACCCUUCCCUCCCCCACCCCUUUUACUAAGCUGUUGUCUCCUGACUCCUUAAUAUAAAUGUAAAGCUACUCUGUUUAUAGUGUAUUUUCAAUGUGUUAUACAUUCCGGACAGGUGACCUUUAAACCUAAGUUUACCAGUCUUAACGUGCUCAAAGUUGUCCUGAUAUAGAGACAAUAGAAAAUAUGUAUCCUAGAGAAUCUGACUAGUUUCCUAGCAUCUUUUUGCUGAUGGGCUUUGUGAAUCUACAUUUUAUCCAAUAUAAAAUGAGUCAUUGAACUUCUUAUAAGGCUGAUGGGUUGGAGGGGUGACCAUAUUGCACAAACCGGUUCUCGCAGACCAUUUGUUAUUCCCCCACCUAGAUCUUAGAGUUAUGGUAUGGUAUAACUGAUAUCUCUUACUCUACUUUUUUUUUUUUAUCCAGGGCUAGUGUCUUGAAAACCCAUUAAAAAUGCAUGUAAGAUGGAAGUAUAACUUAUUCUCACUUGUCAUUCUCCCCCACCCCAUAUGGUCAGUAUCCCACACCUGUCAAAGUAGAAAUCUGUACUAGGGGCCUUUAAAGGGACACUAGUCACCCAGACCACUUCAGCUCAAUGAAGUGGUCUGGGUGCCAGGUUCCUCAGGUUUUAACCCUUCAGAUGCAAACAUAGCAGUUUCAGAGAAACUGCUAUGUUUACAUUUGGGGUUAAUCCAGCCUCUAGUUAAUCUACAGCUUCCAGGACAAACCGGUCUCCUUUCAUCCAUAAUGUAUGUUACUUUAUUAAUGUUUGUACUGUUGCUGUGCUGCUCUAUAGUGUAUUAAAGAAUGCUUGAUUUGCCAUUAUAUCUCUAGUCUAGCAAGCUGCUGCUUUUACCUACACCAAAGGACCACUUCAUCCAGUAAAACUGGAAUGGUCAAUGACAGCCAGGUUGCUGGAACGCUUACAGGAUUGAAAACCUAAAAAAGUUUCAUAGUUUUUUUUGGUUAAAAUAACUCUCAGCAGCGGAGACUUUCUAAAACAAGCUGAAUUAGUGUGAUGUGAAGUUUUUGAUGGAGUUUGUUAAAGGAACGCCUUGCUCCGUUGCUUACCUGGAGCAUUCCUUUUUAAAGAGUGAAUUGUAGCUAGCAUUCUAACUGUGUAUUCUUCAGAAAGAAGGGACUCUUAAAGUCAAUUAAAAAUCAUCCAUGAUAUCUGCUUCAAUAGAUUUAUUUUAAUGGGACACUAGUCACCAAAACAACUUUAGCUUAACAAAGCUGUUUUGGUGUAUAGAUCAUGACCAUGCUGUCUCACUACUGAAUUUUCUGCCAUUUAGGAGUUAAAUCACCUUUGUUUAUGCAGACCUAGCCACACCUCCCCUGACUUUUUUACUGAUACAGCCUGCAGGAAAACAAAAUGGUUUCAUUUUCAAUCAGAUGUAACUUACUUGAAAAUGUUUUGUCUCCUGCUCUGUAAAUUGAACUCUAAUUGCACACCGGUGGCUCCUGCGGGGUCUAGCAAGCUAUGAACAGAGUUGUGGGAUGAGAAUUUUUAAAUUAAACAGACUGUCAUAAAGGAAGUUUAAACAUUAGAUCUUACUUUACAGGAACUGUAUAGGAAGGCUGUGUAAGGCACAUGCAUAAGCAAAGUGAUUUAACUCCUAAAUGGCAGAUAAUUAAGCAGUGAGACUGCUGGGGCAUUAUCUAUACACCAAAACGGCUUCAUUAAGCUAAAGUUGUCUUGGUACCUAUAGUGUCACUUUAAUUCUAAGAACACUGUUUAGGUUUCCUGUACAAUGUUACUUAUUGGUGAAAGAUGUGGGCUCCAUAUAACAUUAGGCUGUCGAACUUUAGUUGUUGACCAGUUAAUCCAUUAAAGAGUAGAAGUUGUAUGCUGUCUGCAAUAUGGGGUGGGAGGGGAUAAACAAGGGGUGGUUACAAUGGUUUCCCAUUGGAUCUUUUUCAAAGUCUGUGUCUGAGUAGAGUUGAGUGGAUACCUGUAUGUUCGGGACCUGAACUUGACCCCAAAUCCCAUUGAAGUCAAUGGGGACCUGAACUUUUGGGCACUAAAAUGGCUCUAAAGUCCUGGAAAGGGCUAGAGGGCUGCAAAAGGAAGUAAAAUGGGAGUAAGAGUAGGACAAGUGCCCUGCAAACAAAUGUGGCUAGGGAAAUAACUUAAAAUAACAUAAAAUACAUAUAAAUUAAAAAUAAUAAUCUUGAACUAGGAUGUGGAAUAGGAGGUUGAGGAGGCAGGGACCGUGGCGGUGUGGGUGGAAGUGGAGGAGGUAGCCAAAGCGUUUUUUUUUUUUUUUUGUUUUUUUUGGUAGCCCCCAAAAUAUUGGGACAUAUAAAAAAACAAAGAAUAAGUGCACUUGAGUAUAACAUUAGUAGGCAUGGCUGUGAUGGCUUCUAAGGGCACACGACACAAGUCAAACGCUUGUUGAUUGGCUGCCCUGCAGCUUUUCAAAACGUUCCAUUAAAUUGCCGAACACUGAACUCGAACCUGAAAUGUUCGUGGUCAAAAAAUCGUAAUGUUCGGUACAAACCCAUUCGGGUUCGCUCAACUCUAUGAGUAAAGUUCUUCACAUCAAGCUUGAAUUAUAUUUCAAUGUGUGGGGUGGGAGCAGUUCUGCAACAGAUGGAGCCAGGAAUGUGUGGUUUUUAUCUGUUGGAUUUCUUUAAAUCUUUAUAUUUUUUUUUAUUCCUCCUAUUUCUUUUGGAAGAGAUUGACAAGUGGAUGGUGAAAUGAAACAUAUGAUGAGGGCAGAUCAGGUUUAAUCUAGAUGAUGGCAUUUUUGGAUGAGAAAUCCUCUAUCUUUAAGCGGAUCUGUCACCAGAAAAUAAGCAGGGGUGUGGUUUUUUUUUUUUGUUUUUUGUUUUUUUUGUUUUAUAAGGCACUAUAGAAGCAGAUUUGAUCAUGUAUUUUUUAAUAUAUAUAUUCUUCUGAGUACUUUAGUCUUCUAAAAUACCUAGUUAAACUAUUUUUCCUCGUGUGUAGCAGUCAAGUUGUAGAAACCUAACGAGUGAUGCUUAAAGCAAGGUUCUGUUUGUUUCCAAUAAAACUCUCCCGUAAUCGAUUAGUAAAAUCAAUCCCAUAUAAGGACAAAUCUUAUGGAUAGAGUACAAAAUGGCUGCACUUGGGUAUUUAAGUCUGACACAUGGCAGAAAGUUGAAUAUAAAAGACAAGGGAACAAGUGUACUCAAAGAGCGUGGCAUAAGAAAAUUCUCUAAAGGUGGGAGGAAUUGAGCCGCUUUUAUGAAUUCCUCAAAACACAAUUACGCUUCAGUGUUUUGAACUGUGUGUAUACACUUUUCGGGAGAUGCUCUUUAUUCAUUCUGCUGGAGAAAUUUUAAAAACAAAAAAUCUGUCGUAUUCCUUUAAGACACUGGCAGCUUAAAGGGGUCUGUGUUCAGUUUUGUGCAUAUAUAUAUAUAUAUAUAUAUAUAUAUAUAUAUAUAUAUAUAUAUAUAUAUAUAUAUAUAUAUAUAUAUAUAUAUAUAUAUAUAUAUAUAUUUUGCCAUUUAAAAUGUCUUCUGACAUUCUCUCAUUUAAGUCUUCUUGGCUCAUGUUGUGAUCUCAAUGUUUUGGUGUUUUUUUUUUUUCUCCUUAGGAUGAAACGGGUGCCUAUCUAAUAGACCGAGACCCCACUUACUUUGGUCCAGUAUUGAAUUACUUGAGACACGGAAAACUGGUGAUAAACCGAGACCUUGCAGAAGAAGGUGAGUUAUUAACUUAAAUCUGAGUGAGAGGUUUAAAUGGUUCAGACAGGUUUUCAUCCACUGGUCUGACUGGAGCAAGAAUUGUCGUUUGUAGAAAGUGAGCAGUAAAGUUCACACAACUCUCCGAUUGGGAAAUAUAUUGUUUAAAACUAUGGUCAUGCAACAAAGGUUACUAGACUGUUUGAUGUACACUGUUUGUCAGAGGAUGUCUCCCAAUCUACCUGGAUUUUUUUUUUUUUAUAUUGUGACACAAUUACACAAGUAUGAAUCUUAUAAAUGUUAACAUGCCGAAUUACCUGUUUACAUGGCGUGUUUCAUGACAUUUAAUACUUUUCACAAGGGUGUGUAACUGACACCUGGUUAGAAUGAAUGCUUUAACAAUACUUGCAUUUGUUUGAUAUCUCAAGCAUGAUGCACUUAGUCAUUUUAAAGCAGGAUGACUGAGUUUGUGGUUUGGAAUUUUGUUUUGAGGUGUUAAUAAAAUUAAACCAUAAUCCACCUGGCUUGCAAGUAGAAUGGCAUAUGUUUCUAAAAUACAUGUCGUCAGUGCAUGGGAACUGUCAUGCUUCAUAUUAAAACCGGCACCCUGGCUGCUUGAUUCUACAGUCAACAAGUGACCUAUAUUAUUUAUAUAUUUAUUUAUAUUAUUUUGAGCCCCUGCAAUCCAUUCUGUGAGAAACAGACCUUGAUGCAGUAGCUGCGAGAACGUGACUGAGCCGCAAGCAAAGCUGGAUAUGGUGCAGUUAGCGGUCUGUGUAAAUACAUUUAUCUGCCAGUUCAGCUGCAUUGUGUUUUUUUUAAAUGGAAUUCUUCCUUGGUAUUUGCCUGUUCUCGUGUGUGUGUGUGUAUUAUAAUUUUUCUUUGUAUGCCAUUCAGAAUUGGCAAAAAUAGGAGUAUAAAACUGUACAUAAUAAAGGGACACUCCAGACUGCAAAGCACUUUAGCUUGUUGAAAAGCUUUGUGUGAAGUGUUUAAUUUUGCAUAUAUAGCUAGAAUAUAUAUAUAAUUUAUAACAAUUUAUAUAUUUAUAACAGUUUACGCCACCCUUGGCUUUUAAACCGACCGCAAGCAGGUCCUGUUACUUCCUGGUUUGGCUAGCUCAGUGGAGCUAAACUCAAGAUUCCAGCAAUUGCUCAGAACAUCUGCCUUGCAAAUUCUUCUCAUUAAAGGACCACUAUAGUUUUCCUGGCAUUAUAGUGCCUUGAGGGUACCCCUCCCGCCAGGCUCUAGGGUGAGGAAGGGGUUAAACUUACCUUUUUCUCCAGGGCCGGGCGGGGAGCUCUCCGCCUCCUCUCCUCCUACUCAGCCGCGCGCGCAUUCAGCCAGUCUCAUAGGAAAGCAUUCACAAUGCUUUCCUAUGGACGCUGGUGUCUUCUCACUGUGAAAAUCAGUGAGGAGCACGCAAGCGCCUCUAGUGGCUGUCAAUGAGACUGCCACAAGAGGCUGGAUUAACCCUAAUAUAAACAUAGCAGUUUCUCUGAAACUAUGUUUAUAGAAAAAAGGGUUAACCCUAGCUGGACCUGGCACCCAGACCACUUCAUUAAGCUGAAGUGGUCUGGGUGCCUAUAGUGGUCCUUUAAGCUCGAUUGGACAGAGUCUGCAAUCACUCCCCUUCUAACGCCACCCAAAGGCAGAACUGCAACUUUUGCAAGCUGUUUUUAGAUGUACCGCAAUGAAAAAAAUACAUAAUUGCAUGUAAGCCGUUUAGGAUAUAUCUACUAAACUGUGAUAUUUAUUUUUAUAUUUGUGCUCUUUAUAUCUUUUCAGAAUAGGGAACAACAUUAUCACAUUUAUACUGCCUGCCCUUUCUUCUCUCUUCCCCAUUCCCCCAUAAAAUAUUGUAAUCUGUGUCUUGUUGUUAAGGUGUUCUGGAAGAAGCAGAGUUCUACAACAUCACAUCUUUAAUUAAACUUGUAAAGGACAGAAUAAGAGAAAGGGACAGCAAAACGUCACAGGUGAGGUGUAUUGUAAGCUUGUGUGGGUAGAGCCUUCUUACCUUCUCUACCCGCAUGUCAAACGUAUCUUGUCAGAAUUAUGUCUUGAUAUAUCCAUUGUACAGUGCAGAAUACAUUGGCGCUUUAUAACCAUUUUCCAAACUCUUGGUACAUAUUAUCAAUACCCUGUUACCAGGAGGUAUCGAAGACUACCUAGACCACUCAUGUUGGUAAAGCUAUUUAUUUAAUUUAGUUAUAAAUAAGCAUGGCCAGCCAUAAGAAGAGGGGGAGGGAUUCUCUGCCACACUCUUCAAUUAACCCUUCCUUUUUGAGCAUUACAAGUUUAAAAUCUGUAAACCCUUUACUAGCACAUCAAAGCCUGAAUGCCCCACACACAUUCCUUACCCUUGACGAAUUCUGUUGAGAUUUGGGAUCCGUGUCCCGUAAAACCACUGCUUUGCCAUCUAUAUUUAGUCCAAGAAUCUCCCUGUAAGUGUGAGGUUAGCUUGGGCUGUGGGUCAGGUCUCCUCCUCCUGCUGUGCAACUCAGAUUAAGAGCUCAUUUACUGAUACUUGUUGCUGUUAAGCCAAAAGCAGCUUAGAGGUUAACAUUAACCGCUUUCUUUAUUGCCACUUUUUAAUCCUUAAAAAUAUCACGGGUUUACUCUUGGAAGUAUGGUGGGAGUGCGGUUUCUACUAAUCCACUCCGUUGCAGCAUUUUGCACGUGGUGUUUACUGGCAUUGUACCUGCAUGCGGGUUAUGCUGUAGACCUGUGCCAGUCAGGAUCGGUGAAAUUAAAUGGGUAAACUCACCAGGUUUUCCCAACCUCAUGAGCAUCUUCACUGUUCACCCUAGCUGACUGUAAACUUCCAAAUGCCUGUCUUCGUAGCCUAUUAAGAUCAUAAAACUGUUAAUUUGUCUAUUUUAAAGACAAAAAUAGAAGUGAAUUCAUUUUAGUGUCAUAACGAGCUUAUAGUCGGUUUUAAAAACACAAUAGGGCAUCACAGGGACAACAAACAAAAUCUAUCCCUAUUUUAUUUGUAAUGGAUUUGUCUAAAGGAAAUAUGUUUAAGAUUUAACUUUGAAAUUGGCAGGAAUGUCAAAUUGGUAAUCCUUUAAAGGGCUUUUUGCUAAACUGGUCUAACAUAACUGGAUUUUAUUUUUAUAACUAUUGAAAAUAAAAAAAUAAAAUGUAUGACCAUGUUCUUUUUAAUAUUGCACUAAUACGUUUGUAUUUUUAUACACACUUUUAAAUACCCACAAUGCAUUACACAGUGUAUCUUGUGCAGCAUUAUUAGUCUCUUGCUGCUCACACCAUAGUGUGUAAACCAAAAAGACAGACGCUGCAGUGACUUAUAGCAUCAACCGUUUGUUCUAGGCCCGCUGGCAUUUUUGUAAACGGAGAGCGAGAAAAUGCUCUAAAUAUUCCUUAAAAGGAAAUCUAUCGCCUGCAGACACUGGACAACAUUAACAAAGUGCCCUCAGUGAAUUUAUGUAUUACUACAAGAGCAGACCAAACACUCAUUGAGCUGAGAUUAUUGAUGUCACCAGAUAAUGAAUCUCAAAUUUAGCAAUGCCACUUAAUAUCUGUCUUCACACACAUUGAUUUGUAGAACUUUUUUUUUUUUUUUCCCUUCUCUUCUGCGAGGGAUGCUGUGAUACAUUCAGAGUUCAUAGAAGGUUCAGCAUAAUUUUAGAAUUUUUCUGCCUCGCAAGUGUAUUUUGAGACCUGAAAAUAUGUAGUGUCAAUCUAUAAACUCUGAAUUCCAAGGCAGGAAAAUCGUAUCGUAUCUAAUGGAGACCUGAUGCCAUUGUGGAAAGAGGUACCUGAUGUACUCUAAACGGAGUAGAAUACAUCCUUGAAAUAGAUCUACCUUUAAUCCGCUUUAUGAAGAGCAUGCCUUCUGGCAUGCAUCUGAAACUUGUCCAGUAGAACUGGACAUGUACUGUAUUUUCUGGAGUAGAAAACCCUUAAGACACCAUUUCCACUUGGUCAGCAUCAUUUUGGUGCUCAGUGCUAAUGUCCAAAUAGCCUUCCUGGCUAUCACAUCCCUUAUAGGUCUGACCAUAAUAAUGUUACCGUCUGAUGUAAAAACUCUGAGUACCAGUUUUAGGCUCUGUACCAUGAGAAAUGGGCAAACCUGAAAACACUGAAAAGUGGGUAGGUCCUAAUUUCACAGAAAAAUGUGAUGCGGUUGACAAAAAAAUUGUCCUAGAAAGCAAUGUUUGUGUUACUUCAGUAAGCUAGCAUAGAUAUCACAUUUAAAGGAACACUCUUGGCACCAUUAUAUAGCUUCAUCAAUUUACAUUAUUGUGAUAGGAGGUUCCUGGGGCUGGCUCACCUUUUUUAGGGUUUAAACAGUUCAAACUGUUACAAAAGGACCAGUAACCAGAAACGUGAAUGGACAGUACAGGGUGAAGUCUGGAACAAGAUGUCUGUCUGUGCUUAUCUAAUGUCAAGUUUGGAAUGUUGGGAGUUGUGCAAACUCCAUUUCUGUGUCCAAGGCGGACAUCCAAAAGUUGCAGUUGAUGCUCGGGUAACACAGCAGUAACUUUUCUAACUUUUCUAUCUGCAUCAAAUUAUCGGGAGUAUAAUCCUGUUUGGUACCACAAAUUUGGUAUGUGUACAUGGGCACUCUUUAAAUUAUAUAAUAAAUAAAAAAAUAAAAAUUCUUGGUAUAGCCGAAUGUAUUUAUUCCAUGUUCAAAUAUUGCCUUAAUAUAAAAUGAUAAAUUUCCAUUAGUUGGAGAUUAUGAUUUUGUUUUUAGUACUGCUUAGCCCUAAUAUUCUGGGAUUUGGCCAAGAGCACUAGGAUUUCAUCUGUGCUAAUCAGUUUACUGCUUUAGUGAAAGCAAUUAUGGGGGAGGGGGGGCACACUUGUUCCCACACCAUUGCCACAGCUGUAGUAUAGUGGUCAUACAGUUACAGUAUUUGUAAAACCCAGGAAUAGACUGUAAAAGACUGGUACUGUGUAAUGUUGAUACUGCCCUGUAUUGAAUAGAACAAAAUCCAUGUUCUCCUGUUAAAGCAUCAGUGUUCCUUGGACUUCUCUCCAGACUUAUCUUUUGUUUUAGCACUAGUGUUAACAUACCACUUAGUGUGUAGUUUAUAUAGUCAUUUCUUUGUUUGUUUUUUUUUGUUUCCUGAAACAAAUUAUUAUUGUAACUAAACUUUAGUUUUCUGCCCAGUGAUUUUGACUGUAGUGUGUUUCCAUGUAUAACGUGGUCAUUUCUCCUUGUUUGCUUUUUAAGGUACCAGUUAAACAUGUGUAUAGAGUGCUGCAGUGUCAGGAGGAGGAACUCACACAGAUGGUCUCAACCAUGUCUGAUGGCUGGAAGUUUGAACAGGUAAUAAUGAGUGGUAUGCCAUGUGGGUGAAUAACUGUGACCGGCUAAUACUUUUAAUCCUAAAACUCUUGACUUUUGUUAGUAUUUCAAAUAUAGGUCCAUUUCUGAUGUAUGACUAAUCAGAUGUAUCUGUAUUUUGUGGAAGUCAAACUUCUAGCUAUUUACAUCUUAACAUGCUUCUGAAUCUCACAAAAUGUUUUAAUUCUGAUCCCUUCAUUGGCAUGAAACACUAGAUUCUUUCCACAAUCCUAAGUGUGGCACAGAGCCGUGCCAAUUAACUGCCUGCAUAUAAAGCUUUGUGGAAUGCAAUAUGCCAUAAAUGAAGGCACUGGGAGAGCGUUACAAUAUACUGAGAGCAAUAGCACUGCCAAAGAUCUCUCGGGAGGAGUUCUUUUUCAGUACUAUAGAAGUGUAUAAAAUAUUUACCUUAUCUGAAGACUAGUUCCAGGCUAGUGUUGCAGGAUAUACACUCUAAAGAAUACAAUAUAUUAAAGUUCUGUGUAAAACAAGAUUACAAUGACAUGUGAGAAAAGAACACCGUGCCAACCUUCUACUCAUUUCAGCAGGCUUGUAACACUAGUCUCUACUUAAAUGGCUAAUGCAGCUACAUUUAAAUAUCUAAUUAAACCAUGAUCUUUGUCUAAUACAACAAAAAAAGUCUUUACAACCAAAUAACCUAACUUUUAAAAAAGACUGCAUUCGUGAACGCAGGUGAUGCAUGUCUCUUACAUCUGUGAAAUCCAUUUCCUGUUAAAGGGACUCUCCAGUUGAUUGGAAUGCAAACAUAUGACGCAUUCUAUUUUUGAAAGUCUUUUUUAUGAAAACGCAUAAAUAGAAGGAAGUAUUUGCCAUCUCUUAAUGCUCAAACAGCAAAGGCAGCUUCAUGUGUUUUUUACCUUCGCGCUCUUAAAGGGACACUCCAGGAACCCAGACCACUUCUGCCCAUUGGAGUGGUCUGGGUGCCAUCUCCCACUACUCUUAACCCUGCAAGUGUAAUUAUUGCAGUUUUUUUUAUAAACUGCAAUGAUUACCUUGCAGGGUUAACUCCACCUCUAGUGGCUGUCUAGUAGACAGCCACUAGAGGGCACUUCUUCAUAGCACAGAAAACCUGUUCUAGAGCGUCGCUGGAUGUCCUCACGCUGUGUGAGGACCUCCAGCGUCGCUCAUUUCCCCAUAGGAAAGCAUUGAAAAUGGGGAGCUCUAAUAUGGGGAGCUCUAAUAUGCGUGCGCGGCAUUGCCGCGCAUUUGGUCUCGCCCACUGGCUGACAUAAUCACUGGGAGGAGCGGCAGCGGAGGAAGAAGCAGCAACCAGGUAUUUUCACCCCUUCAGCAACCGGGUAUUGGGGGGUGGGAGGGAGAGGGCACCUGCAGUGCCAGGAAAACUGAUUGAUUGUUUUCCUGGCACUGGAGUUUCCCUUUAAGGCGCAUCCUUCCUGUCCAUGCCGAGAGGUGCUGUAGUCUCAUACACCCAUCCCUUUGGACAGUGUUCACAUUCUUAAGUAAAGGCUGCUUUAGCAAUUGCCCUGUUCUCCUCUUGAUAGUAACCACUAGACUGAUCUGACCUCCCUGAUCUUCUUUCACUCCUGGCCACCAACAGAGGUGAAAGGGAAAAUCUAGUGCAGACUUGUACCUGUGCGCAUUUUAUUGGGAGAUAUAAUAUAAACUUGUUCCAGUGUUGUUAAACAGAGAGAGUUAUGUUAUCUUUCACAUGAAUCCCAUCAUGCACUCAAUUUCGAGUAUUAAAGUUGUAUUCCCUAUUGUUCUCAAUUAUAAUAUCCCAUGGAGUAGGGGCAUCUUGUGUUUUCAAGAUUCUUAGAUGAACUGCCCUGUGGAGUAGCUGCAUUCAUUUGUAUCCUAAAGCAACCCUUUUUAUUAGAUUUUGGAAUGGGGUCUUGUCUAAUGGAUAAUGUACUGGCCAACAUUCACCAACAGAGUAGAACAUUGCUCAGACAUGCUUUGAGUCUAUAGUACUGUAGCUCUCCCACAGUCCCGUGACGGGGGUUCUCUUGGUGUUUAAGUUUUCAUCUUUUAGAAGGCUCUCUUCUCCCCCACAGCUUCAUAUCCAUGCAGUUUUUAGCUGUUCCUCUGGAUCAUGCUUGUAGACCCCUGGGCAUUAAUUUAUUGAUCAAGAAUUCAGCAUUUUCCCGGUUCUUGUAAUUUCAGUCCCUUUCAUGGGAAACCUGACUCUAGCUGCUCAGCAGUCUUUAAACCCCCUUGCUUUAUAUAUAAAACGGUUUUCUUCUUAACAACUUUUUUAUAUGUGUAUAUAUUAAUCCAUUUUAAAGUAACGUUUGGGAGGAAGGGUGCUGUCGGGUUAAGUUGGUAUAAGUUUAACCGACUGGCGUCUAAAAAUGCAGAGCUAAUGCAGGUCAGGCGAGAGCCAAAAGAUAUCCAAGCAUCCCCAUAGGAAAACAUUUUAUUCAAUGCUUUCUUAUGAGAUUCCGCAUCAUGGCCAUUUUUCUCAGUGUCCAGAAAUGAAUUGGGGAACUGCACUCAAUCCUAUCACCUGGAGCCAGGGUGAAACUAAACCUCGACCCAGCACCAAGUACCAGAUACAUAUACAGAAAACAGAGGAUAAAGUAGGCAGCUUAUUCAAACCAGUGUCACACCGCAACAUUUAACCUAAGCUUGACAAAGACCUUUCAGGUCGAAAGUGUGACUUUAAGUUUGAAUAAAUUGCCUACUUGGAAUGCCUGAACCUCUCUUUUCUGUAUAUAGUUCUACUCUGUGUGGCAGAAGACUGCCAUUUAACCCUGCAAUGUAAACAUUAGUUUUAGUUUAAACAAAACAAAAACUGGCUUCCAAGUGAAUGGGAAGUCACUGGCUGACUGCUCUCAGCCAGUCAGUGGCGCCCCUGCACGGCGACACUGUGCACAUACUAAAGGUGACAUUUAAGAACCUGGAUGCCCUCUGAAGAGUAGUGGAGAUUUCCACUAAAAACGAGAGCAUGGUUUAACCCCUUGAGGUAAGAGUGCUUCUGGGGCUUCCUGGCACCAUUCUUUGUUUUGUGUGUGUGUGUGUGCCUGGAGUGCUUCUUUAAAUUGUAUUAGGCAAACAUUCAUUGUUUUACCUAAUCAACCUUUUUCCUCUUCUGUUUGUUACAACGAAGAUUUAAAUGGAAUCCUAAACUCUAAAAAGCUACUCUGCUCCUGCCCCUACCAACCAUAUGAAGUGUGAUGUGACGAUCUGUUACUGAAGUAUUGAAACCUUAUUGCUUUUUAAAUGGUCUUGGUGAUUAAACCAAGGCUGUACUAAUGGGUGUCUGGGGACAAAAUAACUUAUGGUAAAAGUUUCAUUCUACAUUUUAACUCUGUGCAUUUUCCCCCCAUCUAAGAGUGAAGUGAUGGGAGCACAGCAGGUUUGGUAACACUUGCUGUAUAUAAUGUUCAGUGUGUGUGCUCAUUAUUUACUGUGGUUGUUGCAGUUUGUCAGUAUAGGUUCCCUUUAUGGAUGCGGGCGGGAUCACCAGUCAGAGUUUCUGCUCAUUGUAUCAAGGGAAGUGAAAGGGGAGGAGACAAGUUUCCAGAAAUGCAGUGGCGAGGUGUGUCCUAUGCUUCUCAUAGCCUUCUUUACGCCAUCUUCCUUCAUUCUCUGCAGUCCUGCAUGGCACUCCAUUCUGCGGUCUUUAAUUUAAUCUGACAUAAAUAUUGCAGUGGUCCUUAACCCCUUCAUGCUGGUGGGUCUGUAAUUUGAGACUGCUGGACAAGUGGUUAAAGGGCCCAAACCCGUGUAUCUUUUUCUCCUAUGUGAAAGCAGAAGUGGUAAUCUUGACAAAUCUCUGGGAACAAAUCCAUUCUUAAAUUGGGAAUGGAGAGAAAGUUUCCUGCCCUUGCUAAGCUGCAUUCUCCUGGUCAACAUAUUGCAAGGAUGCAGGUGUGCAGAGCACUGGGCAGAUGGGCAGCUGCAAGGCUGCCUAUAGUUGUGUUUUGCUGCACAAGUUAAUAAAACUUUCUUCAAUCAGCUAUUUUCAUUUGGUAACCUUGACGUUCCAAGCGUCAGAGGGGUUAAACACUGGACAGCAUACUCUGUCAAUUAAAGGGUUAAAUCUAUUGAUUCAUGAUACAUGCUCUUAUGUAGGAGAAACUUGCAUGCUGGCUUUGCAAUUUUAUAUAGAUUUCACUUAUAUUUUCUCUGCCCCUUUUGAAGACUCAGUAUGGCUCUUCAUCUUGCAUUGCUCUUCUUGCUGAGAAACCUUGCAUCUGCAAUGACAUUGUUACUUGAUUAUUUUGUUUAAGCCGACAAGCACCAUUACUCUUAAGUCAUUUGACAUAUUGCCUUAACAUGCAUAUAUCCAUUUUUAUUAAAGACUUAGGUUUUUGGAGAUGUUAAGCUCCUACAUUAUUAUUUAAUCAUCUAAGAUUUGGGGAAGUCUGGUGGCUUAUUCAUAUAUUCGUGUUUUCAGUCUUAACAAGGAAAAAUUGUGUUCCAAGGAUUGACCUCUAUGCCUAUAACAUUUAGAUUAUUAUUCUCUAAAGUGAGAAUGCAACAAUAAUUUCAGAUUUAAGGAUGGAGUAGCUGAAAGCGUUAACACGCAGGUUUGUAUUUCUAAUGCUUGUGUUCUGUCUAUAAUUGAACUGUGACACACACCCAGCGCCACUUGCCCACUCCUCUGCAAUGGUCUAAUCCAAUAGAGCAGCAUUGGGGACCAUAUCUGCAGGCAUGUUUUCCCUUGGGAAAGCAUUGAGUCAUAGCAUUCCUUUUGGGAGCUGCUAUGUCACGUGACUGUUUUUACUCCAUUGUUGCAGCAAAAGUGCCUCUCUGGCUGUGUAAUGCAAAGCAAACACUGUAAUUUCUGCAAAAUGCAAUGUUUCCCCUUGAGGGGAUAAAUUGACAGGAUCAAUUAAUAGAUUAAUUCAUUGACUUUAGUGUUCGUUUGAAUUUUCAUUUUAGUGAACAUCCAUGUUGGUUCAGAGGGAGGGGAGGGUGGCAUUUUAACACUCCUGAAACUUUUCCUGGAGAGAAUUAAUUUUAAAUUUGUAUUAAAACCCUAAACAUGCAUACUAUUCUGGCUUUAGCUGAAGUAAAACUGAAAUGGUAGCUUACAUUUAUUUUAUUUUUUUUCUAAAAAAAAUGUACACAUGUACAAGGUCACAAUACUACUGCUCUGUUUAAGGUUUGCUUGUUUUUUGGCCUGUAACAAACAUCUAAAUUGUCGGCCACCCUGACUGUUUUCUGCAAGAAUAUGCAUCAAAAGAAAGCAUCCUUUGUCCCUAAACAUCUAGUCCUCAAUGCUAUUGUAAACUGGUAGAUCCUUCUGCUAGAUGGAAUUGUAUUUAACAGCAGCGUUGUAUAGAGUUGACACUAACAGAACACAUGAUCAUGCUUUCAUAAGGUCUCUUGCAAACAUGGUGGUUAAAUUGCCUCUAUUAGGGACAGACAAACCAGCAUAACUACUCAAUCUGCCUAAAAUUAUUUAAGGACCUCUUACUACUUCAAUAUCCCAAAAAUAUAUAUAUAUUUAAUUUUAUUUUUUUUAAUAGAUUUUCCAGAUUCAGCAGCUUUAAUUCUUUUUAUCCCCUUCUGCAGUUUAAUGUUUUGACAAAAUAAUAUAUAUAUCUGUACACAUAACCUCUGUGCUUUAUAACGGUUUGUUAUCCAGAAAGGAACAUUAUCAUUUUUUAUAUAGCUACACAUAGAUUGGUAUCAAAAUCCAAGAAGGCAGCAGAGAUGGAGAGGGAGAUGAGGGGUUGCACAUAAAUGGGAGACGGUAGAAAGGUCUAAAAGAAAAUGUAGGUGAUGAGAGAGCUGCAUUGUCUCUAUCUGGGGUCAUAGUUGAACAAAUCGCACUGAUUUAUGGAAAUUUUAGACCUUUUUGUUGUGAGGUUUUUAUCGGUGGUAGUUUUCUACAGACUUAGAACUUGCCUUUCUAGUAUUGCCGUAAAUCCUACCUUGUUUCGACGGUAUCAGGGGAAUCAAAUAGGUCCUAUCUGAAAACGUCUAUCUUGUGCCCAGAGGGCCAGCCCUUCCCUUGCAUAUGUUCUACGCUAACGUGAAUAACUUAACAUAUGUCAACACCAUUAGGGUUGACCACCCAAUUAUGCAUCUUUAGAUUUAUAGAGGCUUAAUGGAACAGCAAGGUUUCUGAUCAAAAGGUGGUUUGGUUUUGACACCUAAGCAAUGCUAAAACUGAUGUGGCAUUUUCCCCCAAAUGUACAGUAGAAUUCAUUAUGUGUGGUAAAGGAACACUUUAUGAAAACAUUUCCAAAAAUAGACUUGUAAGACUAAGGGACACUUGACGUGGAGGGCUUUCCUUAUUGCAGCUAGGUCUAAAUCAUUUUAAUUCUAAAUGAUGCUCUCUGAACAGAUUAUGGUGGCUUGUUUAAAACUCUGAUGUACCUUUCCUGUGUAAAUACUGUGUAAAUACUAGGGUUUUCUUGAAACUGACUUAAACUGCAGUAGACCACUUUAUGUAAAGAGUGUUAAUCUUGGUUUUAUGAGGCUUCUGUUAAUCCAUCUGGACUUCCAUGUCUAUUGUUGGUGUGGAAAUUGUAUGUAUUCUUUUCAUAUGAAAGGAUCGUUUCAUUACAAGUUUUAUUGAUAUCCUAUGCAAAUAGCUUGUCAUCCAGACAACACUUGUAUAAAAUCCAGGACUAUUAUAAUGAACAUAAGGUUCCCCAAUUCAUGGGCUUAAUGCUCAGAAAUAGCUCGACAAUCUAUUCUAAUAAUCCUAUGUGAAAAUCUACUCUGUAUCCGCAUGCCAGAACUAUGUACAUGUACCUAAAAAGCUUGACUAACUCUUAAAGUUGCCAACCAGUUUACAUGUUUGAACAACUUGAUGGGAUGAUGCUUAGCAACACAAUAUUGCCUGUUGCGGUCCUUCAUACUGUCUGUUUCUAAACUGGCUUACAGCUCUGUGCCAUAAAUAAUUCAAGAUCUCUCUCAUAUAUCCUACACCUUUAAUUGGGUUAUAUGAAGAAUGUUGAAAGAUGGUAGAUGACACUUUGUGCUCUAUUCAAAUUGUGUAGAUCCUAUUGGUAUCAUUGGAGGAAGCAUUCCUCCCCCCCUUUAUUAUUUUAUUUUUUUGGCAUAUUUCAGAUACCCUUUAAUAUUCCAACAAGAAACUUGUAAAGGACCAUAUAAGGCCAAUGGCUGCUCUUAGAAGGAAUAGAUAAACCAGUAAUGGUGCUCUGUUUAAUUUUUAUUUAUUUGUUUACACUAAAUUACCGGUUACCCCAAAAUUUGAAAUGGAAACCUACCUGAUGUGGUUGCUUUAUCGUAAAAUAGACCUAUAUGGCCUUAAACAAUAUAAUCAAGUUGAGAGUAAUUCUUGCAGUCUGUAUCUUGAUAUAGCUUGUGAUUCGGUCUGUGGGUGCUACAAUGCAAUUUCUGCAGCUGGAGAAUGUUCGCUUAUGCCUGAGGUGUAUCUGUUUCUUUCCAACGAUUUGCCUAGAAAUUUCUUAACUUCAAUCUAUUUAUUUUUAGCUUGUCAAUAUUGGCUCUUCCUAUAACUAUGGAAAUGAAGAUCAAGCAGAAUUCUUGUGUGUUGUGUCUAAAGAAUUGCACAAUACCCAGUAUGGAACAACUAGUGAACCCAGCGAAAAAGCAAAGGUUAGUUUAUGAUGGCUCAUUGACGUCUUUAUACUAUGAAUCUGAAUGUAUGAAAAUACCCAUAUCUGUUAAAAACAAAACUUCAUAUAGCUUGGUCAAAUGUGAUAAGUCUGUAUUUAUUCUUUUUUUUUAAUUUUAUAUAUUUUAAUUUACCUUGCCUGAUUCCCACAGUAAUGUUACAUUUUGCUUAUUUACCUCAAGGUCUAUCCUAUCUUUAUUUUUGUGUUUAUUAAAUAAAUACCUAAGCCGAUUAUUAAUUUCUAAUUAACAGCACUGUUAAAGGGCGAGCAAAAGAGUAAUGCCUCCCAAAUUGAGGCAUUUUCAUUUUAAUGAAAGAUUGCACUGUGCUAAUUCAUAAAACACAGCCUAGCUGCCUGUACUGCAGUGAUGCAUGGCCUAACAUGACUGCCAUCUUGUUCAGUACAGCGUGAACUGUGCUUUACGAGAAGACUUCUGCGGCUACACUCCACCAGGCAACAAGAACAAACCCCCUCAAACUUUUAAGGGAUGAUUCAUCUGCUUAACAAAGAUUUUGAAUGGAAGACUGGGCAAAUACACCCACACUGGCAUGCAGUUUUUACCAGUGAUUUCUAAAGGGGCAGGAUUGGCACUAUAACCUCUACAUGCUGUGAUUUGUAGAUUGUGAGCACUUAUCACUGGUUCAAAGUCAACUUGCCAUGGUCAGUUUGAGGCUCCCUUUGCCAUUUUACAAAUGGCUGUGCAAUUUCCUCCAUAUUUGCAUGAAAUGACUUCCCAUCACUCUACUGCCAUCCAAAUAUGGAUUACAUGUUAUAUUGGUAAUAUUGUCAAUGUUCAAGGAAAUGGCAGAUUUGGGGGUUCUCCAACUUUGACAAAUCUCACCGUUGACCCAGAAGUAAAGACUGUGCUUGCACAAAAAACAAUUACAGUAAAAUUUUAGUAAUAGAAGCUAAUAAUCCAUCCUAAAGACAGGCUAAGCACCAUAAUGUAUGGGGCAUUAACUAUGGAACCCAUUUAUCAAACUAAAUUUUAGAAUGGCACAGUGACCCAUUCACAGCAUGUACUGUAGAAUAGAACCAACAACUUCAAUAAUGUGUGAAAAUGCCUUAUAGUGUAAUUGCAUUGACAUAAUUUUUCUUAGGCACUUGUUGAGUAAUGCCAAUUGGGGAUCUAAUAAAAUGGCCUCUGGGAUAGUUUUAGGUCCUGAUCCAGGGAUUGAACUACUGGUUAAAUCUGGUCAAUAAUGCGGAUUAGAAAUUCCCACUAAUCCACUUACAUGUGUCAUGUUAGGAAGUCCAGCUUUUCCAGACAGGGAACAUUGAAUAGAGUAGCACCACUUCUAUUUUAUUUAUUUUUGCUAUUUACAGAGCCAAUGAAUAUACUUCAACGAUCUUUUGUAAUAACAACAUUAAACUUAAAAGUUUAACUUUUGGUUCAUGAAUAGAAUUGCUAACAGUAUGCAGUAAAAUGGACACGUGCCUCUAAACUUGCUCCAUUACAACUUCCACCGCAGUAUAGGGGUAGUGGUGUGCACAGUCAAUAUGUACCCCAGCUAAUCCAUAGUGAUUGUUGAGGAGGCAGUAGUAUGUUAGUCUGGUUUACUUAUUUGUUUGGCUGUGUACCCGUUUCAUAGUAAAAGGAGACUCCCUGAAGGCAGAACUGACUGGAGAUGUCUAUCUGCGUAGACACUGGUAAUAAAUGUCGUGUAUUCAUUUUAAAUAUUUUUUUAUUUUAUUUAUAUAUAUAUUUUUUUAAUAUGGAGAUGCAGAGAGGGUGGGGGGUGCAAGAUAGGAAAGGUUACUCUGGCCAAAACAGGUUUGUUUUUGUGGUUUCAUUUUAUUUUUUUUUUUUUUUUUUAUUUUUUUUCCUUAAAACCUAUAAUGCUCAUUAUGGCUAAAUCUGCUUUCACAGGUGCCUUCCUCCAAGUAUUGAGUGACUAGUAUUACAACAUUGCAUGCUCUUGGAGUUUGAAGAAUAGUAUAAACUCUUCCAUUUACAACCCAUUGUUUCAUAAACAAUCUCUCAACAUUCUUAUACUUUUUGUGUGCAAUAUAAGCCAGGCAACUUUAAGCAUUUACUGCAUUAAUAAAAAUUGUUUUGGUUUUGUGUGGAUUUUUAUUUAUUUUUUUUCUCACGUUUCAGCAUUCUUAUUUGCUAAUGUUGCUUGCAUUCUUGUCUGUUUUUAUUUAAUUUUUUUUGUGUGGCUUUAAUUUUUUUUUUUUUCUUAACUGCUUUUCUUUUCCACUCCCUUUCUUUGCACAUGCAUGCUGCAUGCUCGUACAGAGUGAGGACGAGGAGACGGAUUACGAUAUGAAUGACUCAGAUUAAGUUAUAACUCACUGGUGAGAGCUAGCUUUCCUGAAUCCCUCACAGCUCCCCUAGAUCUGUUCCUCGCCCAUGCCCAUCCUAGCAGCUCUAGUUAUCUUUACCCUGUACCCCAAAUGUUUUUGUUUUUUUCCUUCCCAGUAUAGUCGCACACUGCAUUAGCCAAACAAAUGGAGCUUAAAAUGUCUUUGCCAUAAAGUAACCGUUACGGUUUAUUUUACAAAGCAUUAUGGGAAGGGUGUGCGUUUUUGUUUUUAUUUUUUCCUUCAUCUGAGUUGGAAUAAAGCAACUUUGAUGGUUUUGAUAUCUAACAGACUAUAGUUGCGUUAUCUGGUGGAGCCAGAAAUUAAUCGAACUGCUACUAUGCAUGAGGGUUCGUAUGGAUUAGACAAAUUUUUAAAUAUAUAUUAACUUGGUUUAUUAAAUCAAACUUUAGGAUUUUAAAUGUUUAAGUCCAUGUUCAAGAACAAGCAAAACAGAUUUGGACAGACCUGACUGCUAAAUAUAUUUGCUGCUAAUGCAUUUCUAAGCUGUAUAAUGACUGUUUGUUUAUACAUAACAUGGUCUAUAAAUUGUUCUGAAAGGUAAUGUAAAGGGGAGGAGUCUCUAACGGAAUAUGCGUGCUGGUUCCAGUGGUGGUCAGAGGGAUAUCUCCACUCUUUAUUUUAAUUUUUUUUACCUUUUUUAUUUGUACUGUAGACCAUUUUAUAGAACAGAACACUUUGACAUCUUCCCUGUUGUGGUAAAAUACUUGGUCCUAAAAGGGGUUAAUUAUUUGAAGGUUUCGCAUGUCAAUAAGUGCCAUUUUAAGUAAGGAAGGUUGAUCAGAAAGCCUCAAUACAGAUUUACAUUUCCCAGCAGUACGAUUUACGGAACAAAAGAAAAAUUAAUAUGUUCCCUUCUCAAGGGCCCUCAAAAUAUCUUUGCACAUUAGUUUGCUGAUGGGUGUCUUUCCUCAUUUGACACCACUGCUGUUGCUUUCUGGGACAUGUCUUAUUUCAAUCAAUAAAUUAUUGGCCAUCAAAGAAAAUCCUAUUUUAUUGGAUUAGUAUUUGCAGCCUUCCCUCCCCUUUGUUUCUCAUUCCUGAGCAUUGAGGAAAGGUCACAAUGUGUUUCGGAAGUAAGAAAUGAUUCCAGGAAAAUCAAUAUUUACAGCAGUGCAGUUGUGAGCAGGGUGUUUCUAAAAGGACUGCAUAUGACCUGCUAGAUGUAGCAGGCAAGCCCCCAUUACUAGUGAUUGUAUGGAUGAAGCAAUCAGUUACAAUACUUUACUAGUUAAAACUUAUUUGCACAGGGCAGCAGCAAACAUGAUAUUAAAACAUUGCACUAAGAAUUCAGAUUUCAGUUUGAUAGGCUAGGCUCUGAGCUGAUAUUUUUUUAAUAAAUAAAAAAAUUAAAAUCAAGAUGUGUGGACUCUUUACUGCUUAUCUCCCUAUCAGUUUAGCAAUGUGGCCUUAAACUGACAAAGCCUCGUGACAAUCUAUCUGGCACAUCAAUAGUAAACUAACCCCUAUCAUUAAAAUCUGUUUUACGAUACCAUAGAAUGUCACAUUUAUUCAGCAUUAGUGGGGCACCACACAUUUACUGUUGGUCACCUUCCAACUAGGUCUCAAUGAAUCAGGCUGUUGGAGCAUAGAGGACACACAAAUAUAAAAUAGUCUGUGUAUUAACUCCUUUGUGACGUGCAUUCAUGCAUGUUAAAUUCUAAAUCUGAUUUAGUCAUUUUAUUAUGUAUCUGUUUCACCAUGAAUUGGUAGCUUUUUUAAAAAUAAAAUGUUAGGUGCAGUCUAAGCUAUCUUUAUUUAUUUUUAUGCGUGCAGUGUUAAAUUACAAGCUUUCUUAUUGACUUUAUGACGAAAGUUGUAAUGACAAUGUUAAACAAAUAAGAUGUGCUGCGUUGUUUUUUUUUUUUUUAAGAGAACAAUCUUAGUCAGAGUAAGGCAUUACAUUAGCAUAGGUCAUAAAAACAUGCAAAUGUAAGCUAUCUUUUUAAUACAGUAGAUGUUUAUAUAACUUUAUGCAUAGAUAUUAAAAACCAAAAUGCAGGAGAGGGUGGCUGAGUACUUUUCAGUGUAGCUAUAGUUUACACGCGUUCUAUAAAUUGGGGGAAGCGGGGACUUAGACUCCCAGGUUCUUUUCUCAGAGGGAUUUUGACUUUUCAUCUAACCAUAUAAUCACUAAACCUUUAUAUUAUUUAUCUAUAUAAUUUUAUUUCAAAACCACAAAGGUAAAUGUAACAAGAUGUUGCAAACACGCCCACUUAUUUUUGUUUUGUAGCUAUUUAAGCAUAAUGUGUGCCAAGGGAAGAUACAAACUAGCAGAAAGCACCCAGUGUCAGACUUUAGAUAUUUACAGUCUGUCAGUUGUUUUAGGGGAGUUAUACGGUCAAACUAAACCUCUUUUGCAUGGGGUAGAAUAGAAGCCUUCAAACUGCACCUUGGCUCAUGAUGACAAAGUUGGGAAAAACCGGCUAUCCUGAGGGAAAUAACCCAGGAUAUUUUGAGUCCUCGUGUGGUUGUUUUAUUGCAAACAUCUUCAGGCUUUAGCUGUAUCUUAUUGUUUUUUUUAUUUUUAUUUUUUCUAAGGAGAAAUUGUAGAGUGACAUUACAGAUAUGGCCUUAUUAUGCUAGGCCUACAGACUUUUGAGUUUGGUACCUGUUCUAUAGGAAUAAUUUAGGACCUGAUUCUAAACCUAUAUUGUAGGCCAGGGGUCCUUAAACUCUGGCCCCCCAGAUGUUGCUGAACUACAACUCCCAUGAUUCUCUGGCUAUCUAUGUAAUUCAAAGAAUCAUGGGAGUUGUAGUUCAGCAACAUCUGGGGGGCCGGAGUUUGAGGACACCUGUUAUAGGCUAUCAAGGGAAAGUGAUCACUGAUGGAUGCAGUGUGUCGUAGGCUUUCCCUAUUAAAGGGACACUCCCAAGAACCAUGCUGUACCAUGAUCUAUGCAACAUUAUGCAUACAUGUCCCCCAGAUGUUAUAAUCUUUGCCUGUAAUUGCAGUGAUAUGGCUCUCUGGUCUGAGUGACCCUUGGGCACAGCAUUGCUGAACUGACUCACACCUAGUUUAUUUUACCAAUUGCCUAGGAUCUCCACAAAUGUCAAGAGCUGCUAUUCAUGUACAUGGUCUCACCCAUCAUUAAAGGGUGAUAGACUUGUAUUAAUGGCUGCCAAAACCUGCUUCUUGUGUAAAGUUGUUUGAGAUGGUUAAGAGGAAUGCUUAAAGGUGCAUCAUAGGCAUCCAGAUUACUUCAUCUUCAAGUAGUCUGGGUGCAGUGUCCCAUUAACUCUAACCCUGCAAUCUAAAACAUUGCAGUUUUGGGGGACGGGGAGGGACUGCAAUAUUUACAUUGCAGUGUUAAGACGGCCUCUAGAGGCUGUGUGCUAGACGGCCACUAGGGGCACUUGCUGAGGACAUCCAGUGUGUUAAAACAUUGUCAAUGCCUUCCUAUUGUAAAAGCCUAAUAGGCAUGUGGCGCUUGCUGUGCACGUACAUUAGAUUUCUCCAGUGGAGGAGCCUGACCCAAGGUCAAGUGACAGCGACACUGGAAUCGGGUACUUUUUUUUUUUUAGGAUUAUUUAACCCCUUUCAUGGCAUGGACAAGGGAUGUUAUUGUGUUGGGAAUGCAGCUUUAUAUUCUUAACACAUUCUUAGUGUUCCUUUAAUGAAUCCAGAGUAAGUACUCACAGGACCGAUAAAAGUUAGGAUCUCUUAUCUAGUCUAUAUAGUAACUAUGGCGUCUGAAGAUGACAGUUUAGCGGCCAUACCAGAUAAUCUGCAGCUUCGUGGUCUAGAACAGGGGUAGACAACAUUCAGCACUCCAGGUGUUGUAGACUAAUUCUCCCAUGAUGCUUUGCCAGUAGUAUAACUGUGAGGGUGUUAUUGGAGAUUAAGUUUACAAUGUCUGGAGUGCUCAAGAUUGCCUGCCUCUGAUCUUUAAUACGGAUACCCUGCCGAUUUCUGUUCUCCUGGUAAUUUAGGGUUUAAUGUCUCAGACAGGCACUUCUGUGCCUAACGGUUGAUAGAACUAGAUUCUAGAUGGAACAAUUUCUAGGAGAGAACAUUUUAAAAUGCACAUGUCUGCUCCGACUCUUUUCUUAUACGAUGAAAAGAGAAUAUUAAAAAUAAAAAAUUCUCCACCUGUUGAUGAAAAAUUAUCACUAUUCUAGAUCUGACGUUGAAUCUAAAUCAAGCAUGUCAAACUCAGUCUAGCAUGGGCCAUAUAAACAAGGUUUAAGUUUAUGUGGGCCGCAAAAAAAAAACUUUUAUAGAAACGUAGGUUUAUUUUAAAAAAUGCAGUAUAAAAAAAAAAAGCUCCCAGCCUCCCCCUCUAGCCAACAAGCAGACUCCACUCACAUUGCUGCUAGUAUGCGACUCCAGCCUCUGGUAUACCCCAAAUUGCGGCGCCUGCACCCUGUGUCAAAUCUGAUACUCCCGCUACAUCUUGAAACCCUGUGAAGGUGGAGCACGUCGAUGUCACGUCAGAAUGUGAUGUGGCGUUGCGUGCCUCCAGGUACUCCACUGUCCAGUUGCAGCCAAUGCAACACUGACCCACACACACACACAUUUAUAGACAAUCAGACACUGACAGACACAUUUUCUUUUUUUCUCCCUACCUUUGGGAGCUGAUGUGGGGCCUCUCCCUGGGGUCCAGUCUGGAUCUUCUAUCUGCUCCCUCGCGUGGUUUAGUGGUGCCGGAAUAUGACGUCCUAUUCCGGUGUCCGGCUUCACUACAGAGGGCGCGUGAGGGAGCAGAAACACUGAGCUCCCUCCCUGGCCUUGCUCCCCGGCCUGGUAAGUGUAUGUAUUUAUUUUUAUAAAUGUGGGCAACGCCGGUGCCUACUCUGCUAUAAUACUAAGCACAGGCUGCAAAUAUGUCCAUUGUGGGCUGUGAGUUUGACAUGCUUGAUCUACAUAGUUCACAAAGGACAAAGGCCUUACAACUUGGACUUAUUGCACUGCCGCACAUAUCAAACAUUAAAGUUUAGUCAAUUCUGUAAUACAUCUAUAUUUAACGCCUGGGUAAUUCCUUAUUUAUUUUUGCCAUUUGUUUUUGGAUAUCGCCACCAUUAACCAUGAACAUCUUGAGAAGAGUGAUUGUACUAAUACAGAAAUCAACUAUUUAAAUGGUAUACGCAUCCUGUCCAAUGCAUCUUUUACUCACACUCAACCUUGUGUCUUUCAGAUUUUGCAAGAAAGAGGCUCCAGAAUGUGAAGAGGCUCUUGCAAAGUGAAGUGAUCUUUUCCAAUUAUUUGAAGCAACCAAUGUCCAGAUGCAAAGAGUUGCCAACAGAGUCACAUCAAGAAGAAACCUGCUUUAGUUAAUGUAGAAUAUUGACCUGAUUUUGGAAAGAUGCACUCUAUCAGAUGCUGCAGGAAAAUUUAACCUUAAUUUCAUAUUGGACAACUUGUAUUUUGGGGGGGUUAACGGCUUCCACCCGCCACCCCAUUCCCUGAACCCCUCUUCAUCCAUCGUCUGCAGCACCUUGUUAUAAACUGGCUUAACACUAGAACGGGCAAUGCAAAUGAAGAUUAAAACUGACAACUUGUAAAUACAAUAAAUCGCCCUACUCCACGACUGAGUGUGUACUUUGAGACACUAAACAGACCCACUCGUCCAUAAUUUUAUUUGAUAUAAAGAACCUUUAGCCAGUGUUUUUACUUGCUAAACCAACCCUGACAAUUUGGUUACCCCCCCCCCCUCAUUAGAAAAUUCCUUUAGAAGACCUCUUCUAAGGCAGAUUGUUUAUAAAGAGAUCUGUGUAUUUAAAAAAAAAAAAUGUUUGUUUUUUUUGAGAGAAGAGAAUCGAUGGCAUGCCCAAUAUUUUCUGCACUUGUCUACUGCUGCUGCUGCAAAAAAAAAAAAUAAACAACUUUCCCUGUCUUUUUAAUACAAAUAUGCUGCGCUUCAAUUCUACCUUAAGAUCUUCACAGCCCCUGUUAAAGUUUCAUUUUCUCCUUUCCACCCCUUUCUUUUAAAAGUGUAUUUGCACACUUGCAUCAGUUAAGAGAUGUUUACUUAUGGACUAUGAACACAGUACAUAUUGAAUAGGGAAAAUCUGUGUGUUGUUGCAUUGCUUUAGUUAAGUUUUUUUUUUUUUUUUUUUUUAAUAUAACCACCUCCCCUUGUUUCAUUUAGAGAAAAUGCAACUCUGCCCCUGUACCCCUUUAACAAAACAAAUGAGUUGCUGGGUAAUGUCUUGUAAUCGAUGCUUUGUAUAAAAGUUAAUAUUUCUAAUACAGUACCUUUUUAUAUAGUGUCAAUCCCCUUGGGUUCUCAUGCUGUUGCCCUACAAGAAUAUAUUGUGUUGGCAUGUUUUGAACAAGUAAUUUUCCAAUUUAUAGUGGCCUUUUAAAUAAGCUGGGUUUUUUAUAACCGGUUAGGGCAUUACACUUUUUUUAAUAUAUGUAUAUGUGUAUACAUUUAUAAAGCAAUUUAAAAGGUGUGGGGUUUUUGUUUUUAUUAAAAGUGUAUGUGAAUAUAUAAGCAGGCUGUUGAAAUUGUUAACCCAUAGCAUGAUAGUGACAUGUGCUGCAUAGUAUUCUAAAGACCUCUCUGUUCAUAUUUAAGCUAAAUUUGUAUAUUCAUUUAUUUAUUUUUUUUCUCCCUUUUAUGUGUUUAUACCUUUAGAGACUUGAUCAAGAAUAGUCUGCCAGUUUAGAAUCUUCAUUUCUGUGAAAAAUGCCUUAUUAAUGCAACUUUACCUUCUCUCCAACCUUCGUUAGAUAUGUGGUAGCGUUUGCUCUGCUUUUCUUAAAACAUCCCACUGCUACAAAAUGCACCAUUUACACACUGACAAGGCUUACUCCCUGAAGUAAGAAUUCAAAGUGAACCUUGAAAUGUAAGGUCUGAAUAGUUGAACUGGAAAAAUUCUCUAACUUCGCUAUGCUUCCAUUUUGGCUACUUUGGGCUUACAUUUCAUAUCCACUUUGAAUUCUCACUUUAGUGGAUAACACUUUGAGUCAUUCAGUAUACAGUUUUAGACCGACACUGCAUAUCUGUAUCAAGGACGUUGGAAUUAGGUGUGCUAUAGGAUUUGCUUUCAGGAUUUUUCUCCACGAUCUGAGUUUUUAAAGUGUCUGGAUGCAUUCUCAAAUUUUGCAUGUCUCCUCGUGAACGUGGACUUGUCAAAUACACCAGGUUUUAAAAAUGAAGAAACUCUGGGAAAAAAAGUAACUUUAUUUAUUUUUAAAUCCACAGCUUGGAACUUUGGCAACAUGUUGUAUAUGUGUGUGCAGUUCGUUCAGUCUUUGAGACUGUAAAUUAAUACAAUUAAGUUCAAGGAUUGUCCGAAUCAGUGGUGCUUAGCCUGCUUUCAUUAAACUACAUUACCAGACUUCCCAGUCAACAGCUGACUGACCGUGUGUCCUGACAUCUGGCGGGCAAAGAUAAGGUGCCGGUAUCUUGGGUCUCACAGAAUCUUAAACUUAGAAAAUGUAUCCAAAUUUGUAAAAGUAAAAUACUUGAAAUUUACUUGCAUUUCCAUGUUCACUAGAGUGGUGAAUAUAUAUGAUGUUUAACUAAUUUGUGCCUGGCUUGAAACCUCUUGAUUGUGAGCAUUCUAUUUUUUGGAAGUAGUUUAGAGCUUCUACAAUAUUCUUUGGCACCUGGAUUUGUAAUAUGUGGCAUUUAAUGGCAGUUUAGAUCAGACCUAAACAUUGAUCCCCAUAUUUGUUUUGAUUUGCAUGUCCUAAGGAGUGAACAGCAGUUCAUAGAAACUACCACAUACAGUUGCAAGAAAAAGUAUGUGAACCCUUUGGAAUGAUAUGGAUUUCUGCACAAAUUGGUCAUAAAAUGUGAUCUGAUCAUCAUCUAAGUCACAACAAUAGACAAUCAGUCUGCUUAAACUAAUAACACACAAAGAAUGAAAUGUUGCCAUGUUUUUAUUGAACACACCAUGUAAACAUUCACAGUGCAGGUGGAAAAAGUAUGAAGUCUUGGAUUUAAUAACUGGUUGAACCUCCUUUGGCAGCAAUAACUUCAACCAAACGUUUCCUCUAGUUGCAGUUCAGACGUGCACAACGGUCAGGAGUAAUUCUUGACCAUUCCUCUUUACAGAACUGUUUCAGUUCAGCAAUAUUCUUGGGAUGUCUGCUGUGAAUCGCUUUCUUGAGGUCAUGUCACAGCAUCUCAAUCGGGUUGAGGUCAGGACUCUGACUGGGCCACUAAAGAAGGCGUAUUUUCUUCUGUUUAGGCCAUUCUGUUGUUGAUUUACUUCUAUGCUUUGAGUCAUUGUCCUGUUGCAACACCCAUCUUCUGUUGAGCUUCAGCUGGUAGACAGAUGGCCUUAAGUUCUCCUGCAAAAUGUCUUGAUAAACUUGGAAAUUAAUUUUUCCUUCGAUGAUAGCAAUCCGUCCAGGCGCUGACGCAGCAAAGCAGCCCCAAACCAUGAUGCUGGUGUGCUGUGCCUUUUUUUCGCCACACAUAGUGUUGUGGGUUUCUUCCAAACAACUCAACUUUGGUUUCAUCUGUCCACAGAAUAUUUUACCAGUACUGCUGUGGAACAUCCAGGUGCUCUUGUGCAAACUGUAAACGUGCAGCAAUGUUUUGUUUGGACAGCAGUGGCUUCCUCUGUGGUAUCCUCCCAUGAAAUCCAUUCUUGUUUAGUGUUUUACGUAUUGUAGAUUCCCUAACAGGGAUGUUAGCAUUUGCCAGUGACUUUUGUAAGUCUUUAGCCGACACUCUAGGAUUCUUCUUCACCUCAUUGAGCAAUCUGCGCUGUGCUCUUGCAGUCAUCUUUAAAGGACGGCCACUCCUAAGGAGAGUAGCAGCAGUGCUGAACUUUCUCCAUUUAUAUACAAUUUGUCUUACCGUGGACUGAUGAACAGCAAGGCUUUUGGAGAUACUUUUAUAACCCUUUCCAGCUUUAUGCAAGUCAACAAUUCUUAAUUGUAGGUCUUCUGAGAGCUCUUUUGUGCAAGGCAUCAUUCAUAUCAGGCAAUGCUUCUUGUGAAAAGCAAACCCAGAACUUGUGUGUUUUUUUUUUUUUUUUAAUAGGGCAGGGCAGCUGUAACCAACACCUCCAAUCUUAUCUCAUUGAUUGGACUCCAGUUGGCUGACAUCUCACUCCAAUUAGCUCUUGGAGAUGUCAUUAGUCUAGGGCAGGGGUUCUCAACGUUAGUCCUCAGGACCCCCUACCAGUCCAAGUUUAGGGAUUACCUGGGUGUGUGUAAGGUGUUUAGAAAAAGAAAGAGUCUAAGGUGUUUUUUUCCCCUUUUUUCUAAACCCCUUAGACACACCCAGGUAAUCCCCAAAUCCUGGACUGCUAGGGGGUCCCGGGGACUGGGAUGAGAACCCCUGGUCUAGGGGUUCACAUACUUUUUCCACCUGCACUGUGAAUGUUUACAUGGUGUGUUCAAUAAAAACAUGGCAACAUUUUGUUAUUUGUGUGUUAUUAGUUUAAGCAGACUGUGAUUGUCUAUUGUUGUGACUUAGAUGAUGAUCAGAUCACAUUUUAUGACCAAUUUGUGCAGAAAUCCAUAUCAUUCCAAAGGUUUCACAUACUUUUUCUUGCAACUGUAAGUUGGAAUGCAAAAGUGCUGGCGGAUGCAUUCAACCUCUAACUUAAUAGCAUUCAUUGUAAACCCCAUCAGAGGGUUUUCUGUUGACUUAAAGUGACACUAUAAUCACUAGAACAACUACAACUUAAUGUAGCUGUUCUGGUGAGUAUAGUCGGUCGUUGCAGACAAUUUGCUGUGAACACUGCCUUUUUUUUUUCUUUGAAAAUGAAGUGUUUACAUUGCUCCCUAGGAACACUAGAGAUGCUUCCUGGGGCAGUGCUGCACAGAUUGCAGCACUGACGUUCAGCGCCUCCAGAUUCUGCAUGGAGUCGCUUAACUUUCCUCUUAGAAAUCUGUAUGUGGAGAUGCUCAUUAGCCAGGGUGGUUGACUACACCCUUGGCAAGCCUCCUUGGCUGAGAUCAUCAGAAUUGACAAUCUCAGCCAAUCCAAUGCAUUCCUAUGGGAAAACAUUGUGAUUGGCUGAAAUAAAGAAUUCUGAUUAUGUCCGGCAAGGAGGCAGAUCAAGGGCAGAGGCAGCACUGGCAGACCCCAGUGGCGUUGGUAUUAAGUUAAUUUUUUUUUUCUGGCUUGAAAGAGGGCAAAAGGGCUAAAUAGUUUAACACUAUAGGGUCAUGAAUACAUGUUUGUUUUUCUGACCAUAUAGUGUUCCUUUAAUAUUUCAGUGGAAAUUAAUUUUUUUUUUUAUCUGCACAGUCUAUUUAGAGGAAAUUGGCUGUAAUUCAACAUAGGUGUAGACUUGUUGAUAGUUGUUGUUGCGUGUCACUUAGCAAUGGCUUCCACAGAAUUGGAACUGGGUAUCAUUACUGUGAUCUGUAAAUUUUAACCAAAAACAAAGUAUUGUGUUCUACAGGAAUACUAACAAACGAACUUCCCUAUAUCCUUCAGUCUGUGGGGGAGGGAAUGCAAAUUUUAUUAAAAGCGCACAGUAAGUAUUUUCAAAAAUAAAUAUAUGUACAAAACAAAUAACAAGAACCUGGUAAAUCAGUCGCAAAACUGUAAACAGUUAGAUGCCACAAAGCUGAAAUGUGUUGUGAAUUGAUGGAAAUAAUUUUUAGAAAAUAUAAAUUAUAUACAGAUUUUAUGUGUAGGGGUUCAUCUAUAGAUGCAUAGAAACUCACUCUCACUGCAACUCAAAGUUCAUGUCCAGAAAUGUAGUGUCUUUUUUUUGGGGGGGGGGGGGCGCAGUGUUCCUUUUUAAAUGGUAAACUGGCAGGUUGUUUUUUUUUCCUAUAAACUUUGAUCCUUUUACAGUCAUAAAGGGCAGAAAAUAUCUACAUAACUUCAAAAUUCUCUUCUCACCUCCUUAUGGUUCUACUAGGAAAUAACCCUUACCAUCUUUGCAAGUGGUCUGUUUAAGAAAAGUGUUGUGCAUCUCUUCUACCACUUUAUAUACAUUUUCUGGGUAGCACUGGACAGAGCAGACCUUACUGUACAGAGAUUUUGUAACAGGUGACCAUUCUUCAAGUAUACUCCUUCCUAUUGUUAAAUAACAUGCUUGGCUCACUAUUUGCAUCUUGCCGUUAGAUGCUUGUUUUAUGUGAUUUUUGUACUUCAAUCUGUACACCCUCCAUAUGAUGCAAAGGGCUAUUAAUAUAUAAUGUUUUCUAAGUAAGACAUGUUAUUUAUUUUCUUCAACAUUGUUAUGCAGUAAGAUAAGGGCUAAUGGUGUUUAUAUAGAGUUUCAUCUUGGAAAAGCUUUUUUUUUUUUUUUUUUUUUUUAAAUACAGCGCAAUCUGUUAAUUGAAUCCAUUCGGCUGUUUCUGACAAUCUUGUUCCACUUGCAGCAUACUAGCUAACCUGUUACUGUACUUAUUUACAUAAUUAACUUUUGUGAUGUAAAUAACUAUCAUAAUGUAAAAUAAACCAAUGGUGUGAAGUUAGGCCCUUCCACAAUCUGUUCAA